AUAACUAGAAGCAAGUUUCCGAGAAGAUGAAGCUCAAGUUACAAAUAGUUGUGGUGGCUUUUUUCGUACACGUCGCGCUCUCCCAAGAGUGCGGCAAACGACACUUUCUCUCUCGAGUUGUGGGUGGGGAGGAUGCACCAAAGAAUUCAUGGCCUUGGCAAGUGUCACUUCGACUCCCAGGCCGCGAAGGAAAUCCGGUGCACAUAUGUGGCGGCUCCUUGAUCGGGGACGAAUGGGUGGUGACGGCGGCACAUUGUGUGGUGGACCGAUGUGACAGACCUGGGAAUCCUUCUCUGUUCACCGUUGUUCUCGGUGCACACGAACGUCUCGGCACAACGGAUGUACAGCAGUCAAUUCAAGUAAAGGCACUCUAUCCUCACGAGGGCUUCAGUAUGCAACACUUAAAGAAUGACAUCGCCCUUUUACACCUAAGCACAACGGCCCAGCUGAGCGAUAAAGUCAACCUCGUUUGCCUUCCUAACCAAGGAUCUCGAAUUUCUGCCGGCCAUCCUUGUUACAUAACAGGUUGGGGUCGGACCGAAGGUGGAGGCAACGUCGCAGACAUCUUGCAACAAGGGGUACUUCCCGUACAGAGCCACGAAAAUUGUUCCAAAGUAAACGACGAUUUGGGACCAAUAGACGAAACAUCCAUGAUCUGUGGAGGAAGUGGUAAAGCAAAUCAGACAGGUGGUUGCCAAGGUGAUAGCGGUGGACCAUACGUAUGCGCGGAAUAUGGCAAAUGGGUUUUGCGCGGUGCAGUGAGCUGGGGUCAUGGCUUGUGCAAGACAGAAUACUUUUCUGUCUUUGCAAGAAUAAGCUCUUUCAGGGAUUGGAUUGACGCGAAGAUUGAGGGUGAUGGAAUAGGAUCCGGUACGGAGUAAAUAAAGGUGUCCGUCGUGUAUCUCAACAAACCUAACAGAAAGGCAAAGACCAGUGAUUUUAGUUGAUGUGGUUAAAGAGAAAAUAAAUUUGAGAAGGGUAUUGAAA